AUGAAUGGCCCUGGCAUGGAGGAAAUACCGUUUCAGAAAGUCAAAACCCGGCGGAAGAGAAGCCACUGUCCGCCCGGCGUUCCUCUUACCGCCAUCGCUUGCGAGGACGAGUUUGAUUGCAAGGAGCUUGAGUCGCUCUUCCACAACUACAACCUGAAGCUGGAGCAGACCUCGACCCUGAAAGCGCUGGCUGUACUUAUCAUCAUGGCAUUGACCCUGGCAGUGGUGGAGCUGCUCUCCGGUCCUAACCUCACCAUCUCCAAGGGGUCCCAUCCGGUGCACUGCAUUAUAUUCAUCUCGCUGUUCAUUGUGACCAAUGUCAAGUACCUGCAGGUGACCCAGCUACAGCAGAUCGUCAACCUGACCUUGCUGUUCAGUUUCACCUUCUCAUUCCUCAGCUGCCCGUUUCCACACAGCACGGUGGGCAUGGAGCCGCCGACAGCUCCAGAACAGGGCAUGUGGCAGCUCAUGCUGGUGACGUUCGUCGCCUACUCGCUCUUGCCUGUUCGGACACUCUUGGCCAUUAUUUUCGGCGUUAUGGUUGCCAUAUGUCACAUCAUUGUUACUGCCACUUCGGUGACAGUGAAAAGGCAGAAAUUGUGGAGAACGCUGGUGGCCAACACGGUGCUCUUCACCAGUGUCAACCUGUCAGGGAUGUUUGUGCGCAUCCUCACCGAGAGAGCCCAGAGGAAAGCCUUCCUGCAGGCGCGCAACUGCAUCGAGGAGCGCUUACGCAUGGAGGACGAGAAUGAGAAACAGGAGCGUCUCCUGAUGAGCCUGUUGCCCAGGAACGUGGCUAUGGAAAUGAAAGAAGACUUCUUGAAGCCCCCCGAGAGGAUCUUUCACAAGAUCUACAUCCAGCGGCACGACAACGUCAGUAUCCUGUUUGCUGAUAUAGUGGGCUUCACCAGCCUGGCCUCCCAGUGCACGGCGCAGGAGCUUGUCAAGCUGCUGAAUGAACUCUUUGGGAAGUUUGACGAGCUGGCCACGGAGAACCACUGCCGGCGCAUUAAGAUUCUGGGCGACUGCUACUACUGUGUGUCAGGCCUGACCCAGCCCAAGACUGACCACGCCCAUUGCUGUGUGGAGAUGGGCCUGGACAUGAUCGACACCAUCACGUCGGUGGCGGAGGCGACGGAGGUGGACCUGAACAUGCGCGUGGGGCUGCACACUGGCCGGGUGCUCUGCGGCGUCCUGGGGCUGCGCAAGUGGCAGUACGACGUCUGGUCCAACGACGUGACGCUAGCCAAUGUGAUGGAAGCUGGGGGACUGCCUGGGAAGGUCCACAUCACCAAGGCCACGCUGGAGUGCCUCAACGGAGACUACGAGGUGGAACCGGGCAACGGCAAAGAGAGGAACGCCUUCCUGCAGAAACACGACAUCGAGACUUUCUUCAUAGUGCCAUCCCACCGCAGGAAGAUUUUCCCUGGCCUGAUCCUCUCCGACAUCAAGCCUGCCAAAAAGAUGAAGUUCAAGACAGUGUGCUACCUACUGGUGCAGCUGAUGCACUGCAGGAAAAUGUUCAAGGCUGAGAUCCCUUUCUCCAACGUCAUGAACUGCGAAGAUGGAGACAAAAGACGGGUGCUGCGCUCGGCGCCGGAGAAGCUGCGGAACCGGACGUCGGUGUCGGCCAACGUGACGCAGAGCAGCCCGGGCACGCGGGUCAACCGCUACAUCAGCCGGCUGAUCGAGGCGCGCCAGACCGAGUCCAACACCGCAGACCUGCACUUCCUCACGCUCAUGUACAAGAGCUCCGAGAGGGAGCAGAGGUAUCACCAGCUCCAUGAUGAGUACUUCACCAGUGCUGUGGUGCUGUCUCUGCUACUCGCUGCCUUGUUUGGACUCGUUUACCUCCUCAUCAUUCCACAGAGGACAGUGGUUCUAGGGCUGCUUGUGUUCUGCAUCUGUUUCCUGGUGGCUUGUAUCAUGUAUUUGCAUAUCACUAGUGUACAGUGUAUCCCAGGGUGCCUCACCAUCCAGAUCCGAACGGCUCUGUGUGUGUUCAUUGCGUUCUUAAUCUACGCUGUGGCCCAGGCUUGUGUGGUAAGAUGGGCGGGUGUGGGCUACUUCCACACGCGGGGCCUGGAGCCUCUCCUCUCCCUGGUGCUCUUCUCCAGCGCCUUGGCCCUGCACUCCAGACAGCUGGACCUCAAGCUCAGGAUGGACUUCCUCUGGGCCACACAGGCGGAAGAGGAGAGGGAUGGGAUGGAGAAAGUCAAACUGGACAACAAGCGGAUCCUGUUCAACCUGCUGCCGGCCCACGUGGCCCAGCACUUCCUCAUGUCCAACCCCCGGAACAUGGACCUGUACUACCAGUCCUACGCCCAGGUCGGAGUGCUGUUUGCCUCCAUUCCCAAUUUCAAUGACUUCUACAUCGAGCUGGACGGAAACAACAUGGGCGUAGAAUGCCUGCGACUGCUAAAUGAGAUCAUUGCCGACUUUGAUGAGCUGAUGGACAAAGAGAGCUACAAGGACAUAGAGAAGAUUAAAACCAUUGGCAGCACUUACAUGGCAGCAGUGGGACUGGUGCCCACCAUUGGAACCAAGGCCAAAAAGUCUGCGACCACACAUCUAAGCACAGUGGCGGACUAUGCCAUUGAGAUGUUUGAUGUUCUGGAUGAAAUCAACUAUCAGUCCUACAACGACUUUGUCUUGCGAGUUGGCAUCAACGUGGGGCCCGUGGUGGCCGGGGUCAUCGGGGCCAGGAGGCCGCAGUAUGACAUCUGGGGGAACACUGUGAACGUGGCCAGCCGCAUGGACAGCACAGGAGUGCCUGGCAAGAUCCAGGUGACCGAGGACGUCUACCGCAUGCUGAAGGUCAACUACGACCUGGUGUGUCGGGGCAAAAUCAGCGUGAAGGGCAAAGGGGAGAUGCUCACCUACUUCCUGGAGGGCAAGGCCCAGGGCCUGGGCAACCAACCGCGCUCGUCCAGCCUGGAGAGACGGCCGCCCGCCUGCGGCCGCGGCAGCAUCAGGACCAAGGCGGGCAGCAUCUCCUCCGUGACCAGCAGCUUCACCACGCGUGCCAGCAUGAGCACCAUCCAGACCUCGGCGGGCAACAGCAGCGCCACCCCUGUCCUGCACCUGCCCUCCACCUGCGUGCCCUGCCUGGAGGCAGAGGAGGACGAGCAGCAGACGGAGGAGGAGGACGCGGAGGUGUAAAGACAGACAGAGAGCACAUCUGAGAGAGAGAGAGAGAGAGGGAGAGAUAGAGAGAUAGAGUGAGAGAGUGAGAGAGAGAGAGUGUAUGGGGGGGGGGGAUGCGCAGGGGGCCUGCUGCACAACACAGGGCCCAGGAAUCGGUCUGCCAAUCAGGACAAUGUUCAGGCAAGGCCGGGCCAGGCCAAGCUGCAGCCAGGGAGGUCUCAUGGGGCCACCCCCUUUCGCCACCACUCCCAAAAUGGGCACGCCGCUGUCUCCGGUGAGGACCCUCAGAGUGGUGCACUCUCUCCUCCCACGGAGUACCUCUGAACACAGGGGGAGAGAAGGCUCAGGAAAAGGAGACAUCUCCCCUCUGGAGGUGUGGAGCUUCACAGCCGUGUGUCUGUCUUAUCAUUCCAACUCCAUUUAGAGCAGUGUCAGCAUUCCAACGAGGUGCUUUUGUUUUUGUUUUUGUUUUUGUUUCCUUUUUUUUGUAUAAUCACAAGCACACUUGAACUGAAAUACUUACAUUGUAUGGACGUUCAUCCAAACCGAGGCAUGACUAACUAACUUUUCUUAAAAUAUAUAAUGCCAAGAUUACAACUUCUAUUAUGCUGUACAAAAAAAAGUCCUUGGUGUUGUAAAUAUGACAUAUUUCUCUCAUUUUGUAUACUGUGUGUGACUGUGUGGAUGUGUGUUUGUAUGCAUGUGUGUAUAAACUGUAUGUAAUGAAAUUACAUGAUAUUUUUGCAGUGAAAGCACACUCUGGAUGCUUCUGUUACUCAAUUGCCACUUUUAUGAGGUUUUUAUUUUGGUUCUGUAAUGGGGAAUGAGUAGACUUCUUUAGCCAAAGCAGUGGCUUCAUGAUUGUUGCACAAGGGUACCCAUUCUUGAAAGAUUAUGUUAGCAGCAUAAACCUCUGAGACAGUAUUGAUGCUGUAACACCACAUGUGACAAUAUUGAUGUACAUUGAUUGUCACAAUACCAAAAGUAUGACUUUGAUACGAUCCCAUGUCUAUGUUUCUCGAUACCAACACUGAAAUGAUAUCACAUCAGUAAUAGAAGUGAUAAAUUAGGCGGACACAACAGAACAUAGACCUAAAAUUCCUUUUUUUUAAACUGACGUAAAAUAUGACUUAUUAUAACCUUAUUAAAGCACCUUUCUUCAAUAAAAUAGGGUACUAAUAAAAUAGGGUAUCAUAUAACAUGUUCUAUUUCAGGGUACUGCGAUUCCUUUCUGUUGUCAGUGUAUCGUGCGACACUACUACUGAUAAAACAUUAUUUGCUGGUAAUUCAUAUGGGCUAGAACAGGAAGAUUCCUUUGUGCUACUAUGACAUAAGUAUGUCAUUCCACCAUUAAUGCCUUGCAUGCUGCAAUUGGAAAUGUGGUUCUUCAACAUACCUUAGCACAUCAUACCCAAUUCCUGGAUCUCUCAGACCUACAAGAUGACCCUACAAGGCCUCUAUGGAAUAUCCCAAAUGUAGUCUUAAAACAUCUAUGAGCAAUGCAGGUCUGUAUAGGCUCGGAGUUGUAUUCAUUGUAUUUUUUUCUUUUUUUAAUGAAAAGCUGGACACUCACUGACAUUUCAAGAUAAGUCUGAUGAUGGAUUUAAUUGGUGAUGAGAUUUGCAUCUCCUCCUCCAUCAGAUCUAUGGCCUUGAUGAUCAAGCUGAUUACUCCCACUGGUUUUUCAGUUGUUUUGGGGCUUCUGCUUUUCCAUAUAAGGACACUGAAGGAGUGUGAUUACUGCACAGCAACACACAAAGCCAGCACACUUACACACACACCUACCCAUACUUGAGCACACACUCAGAGAGCUCUGCCUGUUGCCAAGGCUUUGAAGUGAAAAUCUGUCUGAUAACAGCUGAAUUGAGAGGGGCUAAAGGGGACAGUAGGAUGGCUGAGAGUUUGUUGACCCACUGAGCACUGACCGCGCCAUCGUUUGGCGGGCUAGUUUACACACACAUACACACACACACCCACACACACCCACACUUGCAACCAUGUGUAAAUAACCCAGGACUUACAUGAGUAGACAGUCAUAACCACAUACACUGUUAGGCUACAAUUGAUUGAAACGAUUGCAAAAGCAUUGGACUGAACACAACAUAUUCACCAACACUCUUAAGUGUCCUGUCAUUGUUAUUUGGCUUUUCCUGUGAUUCCCUAUCAUUGAUAAUAUAUGUGAUUUUGCCUUAUUUUACAAGCUUACAAUGAUUACACUUAUAUUUGCCUUGUAGUUAAUCAAUUUGAUAUGCAGAUCUUAAUUUUGUAAAUAAAGCUCUAUACAA